UCUAAUUUUUUCUGGGAAAAGUGCGAGCACAUUGUUUGUUUGGAGAAAUCCAAUUUUCUACUCACGGACGCCGCCCCUGUGCCUCGCCAUCGCCUCAGGUACGCAAGGCGGCCGAACACGAGCGCCCGCCUUCGUUCUUGCCUGCGCUGCCCCUCUCCUCGCCGUUUAUUCGGGCUCCUACCUCUUGUUACAACUUGCGCGGUGGGGGCAGUGAGGCAGCAAGACGUGAGGUCCAGGAUGAUGAACAACAACAGUGGCGGCGGUGCCGGAGGCCCUGGAGGGGGCAUGGGUACGGGAGUGGGUGGAGGGGGGGACGGGCGGCACGACGACGAGGCUGCGCUCACCGAGUUCCUCUCAUCCCUCAUGGACUACACCCCCACGAUUCCCGACGAGCUGGUGGAGCACUACCUCGGCCGCAGCGGGUUCCACUGCCCCGACCUGCGCCUAACGAGACUGGUUGCUGUAGCCACCCAGAAGUUCCUAUCAGACAUUGCUAGCGAUUCUCUUCAGCACUGCAAGGCCAGGGUAGCAGCACCUAUCAAAGACAAUAAGAGCAAACAGCCGAAGGAUAGACGUCUUGUAUUAACCAUGGAUGAUCUUUCUAAAGCUUUGCGCGAGGUUUAAUGGUUUACCCAUCGACAAGAAGACCAUUAUAUGCAUGGAAAUAAGCACUUCCGGAAUCUACAACCUAGGAAUUUCACUGAAAACAGUACAAUCCCUGCAGAAUUCAGUACCAUGCCAGUGCUAUUAAGCAUGGCGGUGGUGGUGGUGGUUGGGGGGGGGGUGUUAUUCUUUCUUACAUUCCAAAAUAAGUCUGUUAUACCCAAACCUUGCACAAAGGCAUUGUCCUGUACUUUAUAUCAAAUACAAAGUUUAUAAUGUUGAUAGAAUCUUCAGCGUCCAACAUCCAGGCACCCUUCUCGAAAUUAUAUUUGGUAAAAACCCUGUUUUUGUUUAGUUUUGAAGGUGACUUGUGUAGUACCUCCAAUACCUAACAUCAUCUCAUGGCAUCAUUGUUGGGAGAAUGGAGUAGUAACUGAUAAAUAGAAUCCUAACUCAAAAAAUCUUCAUUCAUUGGUUUCGCAUGGUCACCGUAUUACUUUCCAGCACAUCAGCUUUUGCUCCAUGUGUGAUCCUUAUAUACCCUGAUACUCACAUGAGCCAUCUCUCUGCAGCACGGCGUGAACUUGAAACACGCGGAGUACUUCGCAGACAGCCCUUCAGCUGGAAUGGCUCCUUCGACCAGAGAGGAGUAGACUGGAUUAGGCCAACUUGUACGGAACUAGGGAGGGAUCGCGUGGAAUGGAUGGGCAUGUUGGCAUUCUUGCCCGAUCAGAUCGAUGGGAUGUAUUACUAUUAAGUACUGCUACUAUGACUAGUAUAUUUCUCAAUUACCAUUGUCACUGAGAGAAUCCAGACACAAGUCGUUUUGCCCAUGCGCUUUUAUUUGUACAAACUGUCAAUCAUCUGUAACCCUAUGGGGCCCAAGGAUGAUUGGGCAAACAUCAUGAGUUUUUUGUUUUCUACAUACCAUUCUAAAGGAGGCAGCUCACCUUCCCUGGGUGGCGAAUUGUCAAAUCACCCCCUGGCCCUAGGAGAACAUCUCUAUGGACACUUCUCUAGGUCCCUUGUUUCCUCCAUGUUGACAAAGUGAUCAGUAUGUACUUA